UUUCAUUCAAUCAAUUAGCACCAUCAUCAUCAUUUGAAAUAUUCCAUUUCUCUUCACUAAUGACAGUUGACAUAAGAAAAAUAUAUUGCAGGAUUUGAUUAUUGGACGUAUAUUAUUAUUGAUUAAGAAAAUGUUGUAGUUCUAACAUUUAAAUACAUAUAAAAAUGUAAAUCGUGAUUAAUAGUUAAAAAUAUCAAAAAGUGCGUUGAUUGAGGUGUUAAACAAAUAUUUGUUGUUUUGUCACCAAUGUAAACAUGGCUGCUGCUACCCUUAUAACUAAGAAGUAAUGAAGACUCACAGUAAACAGAAAUUAUUCCAAACCAGUAUGAUUAUUCGGCACCCAGGCUGUGUCUGCAAGUCAGGCUGUAGUCUGGGUAAACUAUGAACUUAUUUGGCUGUCUUUUUCCAUGUGCCCUACAGCACAGUUGGUGGAAUGUUAGAAGUGACUUGUACUUGUCAGAGGAAUUUACUCAGAGAAUGGGAGUGAAUGCGUCAACAUCUCCAGGAACUGAUGCUAGUUUAGUGUCAGGUAUAGGAGGAGAAUCAUUCAGUAUUGUAUAUAGGGAUACUAUUGGAGUUGUAAGGGAAAGGAAGAAAAAACCAACUGGAUUUGCCACUUUGAAGAAAAAAUUUAUAAGAAAAAGGCGAUCUUCUAAAGUAUGUGAUCAUGCGAAGAUGCUCCGUGAGUUAAUAUCUGUUUGGAGUCCUUUAGAAGUGGCUGCAUUACUUGAAGAGUUUGAAGCUUUAGCAGCUCUUAAAGAUUUAUGUGUUCAAGCAGAAUUGGCGAGACCUCCUGCUGCAACUUUUAAACAGGACCUUUCAGCAUUAUAUGAUUUCAAGUAUUGCACUGAUGCUGAUUUAGUAUAUCGAAGUGCUUGUUUCCCUAUACAUCGUGCCCUACUAUCAGCACGUUGUCCAUAUUUUCGAGAUCUUUUAGCAGGAUGUCCAGGAUAUGGAGCAAGAAUUUGCUUAGAGUUAAGAACAGCUACAGUUGAUGUUCAACUGUUUUCUGCCUUGUUAAGAUAUUUAUAUACUGGCGAUAUUUGUCCACAUAAUACUAACAUUGACAUAAAUUUGCUUAGAAGACUGAGAGAAGAGUUCGGUACUCCUAAUGCGCUAGAAGCGGAUUUACGGUAUUUACUAGAAUCAGGUGACUAUGCAGACGCCACUUUAGUGUUUACUUCUGAUGGGUCCGAUUGUCAGCGACCUGAUUCUGGAAGCUCCGAGUAUGGAUUUAGACCUAAAUGUGAAUUAGCUUGUCAUAAAGCUAUACUUUCAGCAAGAUCUCCGUUCUUUAGGAACCUCUUGCAAAGGCGGUCUAAAAGUGGUGAAGAACAUACUGAACGAGCUCUUCACAUCCCUACAAGAAUAGUUUUGGAUGAAACUGUGAUCCCUAAAAGAUUUGCAAGAGUGUUAUUGCAUGCAAUUUAUUUAGAUCAAGUAGAUUUAUCUCUCAUAUCCAGAGGAGGAUGUGGGGGAGGAUUAGGAGAAGCUCAAGCUUUAACCCAUACAGGUAGAGCUCGACCUUCACCAUUAGAGGAAGCAAUGGAAUUGUAUCAGAUAGGCCGAUUUCUGGAAUUAGAUAUAUUAUCACAAGGCUGUGAAGAUUUAAUUUUAGAAUGGUUAUCAUUGGAAACUUUACCUUCUGUGUUGCAGUGGUCCAGACUACCUCAUGGUUCAGCAUGGGUUCAUCGCCAGGCAUUACAUUUUUUAAGAGAAGAAUUUCAAACAAUAUCCCAGUCGACAGUUCUACAUCAAUUAGACAAAAUUCACUUGAUGGAAGUAUUGAAGAGUCCAUUUUUACAAGCUAGUGAAUUGGAAGUGCUACAAGCUGUUCUCAAAUGGGGAGAAUAUCAACUUGUAAGAAGAAUGGAGGACAGAGAGCCAAAUAUUGUAAGUCACACUGCCCAUUCUGUUGCCCGAAAAGGAGUGAAAAAGAAAGACUUGAGUGAUGUGGAAUUGCGGGAAAUACUGUCUGAUCUUUUACCUCUCGUAAGAAUUAACCACAUAUUACCAUCAAAUAGUGAUAUAUUAAACCAAGCUAUCCGUAGAGGAUUAGUAAGUAUACCACCAAAUCAUAUGAUUGGUGGCGAAAGAGAAAAUUUCAGAGUAAACUCUUGGAUUAGAGGAAAGAAUAAUGGAUCAUAUAUUCAGCCUAGACUUUUUAUGCCGUACUAUGAUGAAAUAAAAGUACGUGUUGAGGAUCAGCUUAUUCAAGAAGUGGAAAUGAUGCGCCUUCGUAGAGCUCGCUAUAUGCAAGACAUUCCAGACACACUGUAUAUGGUGGACGAGAAGCCACGUUUACAAGGUCCGGCAGGAGUAGAUGUUCUAGCUUCUGCGCUGCCAGUACCCGAUCCAACUGUGAUGAAUGCAAUGUUAAAAAGAGAACAAAAACUACGCCAAUCGCCUAGUUGCCAACGUGCCCUCAACAUGCCUUUAUCUUCCCGUCAUGAAAUUAAUAGACAAAUCAGAUUAAGAGUAGUUCGCGAAUUCAAUUUACCUGAUCCAGUGGCAGAUAUAUUGGAAAAUUGCUACGGUAUAACCGAUAAAAGUGAUAAUGAAUCCUUACAGAUAUCUCCUAAUAAACCAAUUAGUUUAUCUCACGGGUGUUAUAAUAAAAAUAUGAGUUUCCCUCGUCAGAGUUUUUCUCAAAGACAAGAAUUACCAGCUAUAGUACCCGACGGCGAAUUUCGUUUUUCAACAGAACCAGAAAGUAGUUCCUGUAGUGAUGGACAUCUUUCAGAUAUUAUGCCUGAUGUCGCAAUGGCUACAGCUUCAGUAGGACAAGUUCAACUUCAAGACCAACAAGAGAUGGAAUUGGAUCUCGGUGAUGGUAAUACUCGAAUUCAUAAUACUAUUGGUGGACUUCAAGUUAGAACUGGAUCGUUACACCAUCCUCUAUCUUACAGACGAUAUCCACCUUCCAGUUAUUUGCAUUUAAGAUCAGAUUCUCAGUCUUACAAUCCUCAAAUGCCAAGGUUUCUGUAGUUUUAAAUAUUUCAAUUAUGCUUAUUGUAAUAUAGCUUUCUCUAGAAAGCAUUUUUAUAAAUAUCCAGACAAAAGACAUAUUGAGAGCUAAAUACAAGCACAAGACCAAUAUACAAUUUGAGAGAUAUUAAACUAAUUUUGAAGAAAUAUUUUAGAAUCAAAAAUUGUAUUACAGAUUUUAUUACUAAUCUUUUAGUUAUAUGUCAUUCCAAUUUUUGUUGUAUCUUUAUCAAAUACAAUGUAACUAGUAUGAUAAUUUAACAAAGUAUCUGUUAAAAUAUUUAUAGAACUCGAUUGAAUAAAAUAUUUAAUCAACUGAGUGACCUAAAAAAAUCCAAAGUACAUUUUGAAGUAAAUACUCAUUGAGUUUAAUUUUAGUAGUAUCCACUUGGCAUUUUUGGCAGCUGAUCAUUUCACGUGUUGUCUAUUACCACAAUGAGAUUUGCAUUCUUGUUAUAUAUAUACAUAUUUUUUUAUGUGAAAGUUCUUCCAUUUGGUCGUUUCUGAUGUAAUCAAUUCUUAAAUACUGAGUAUUUUUCGCAAUAUAAUUUUUACAGUUCAUGAACAAUCUGUUUUCUAAUCUGUUUGUAUAUCUUCCAAUAUUUGACUAAGUUAGAGUUUCUGAAACCAUUAUUGAUAUUCAUCUGUAUGCACUGUUUAGUAUCAAUACUCACAAUAUUAACAUUGUUUGGUCCUCUGUAGUGAUAGUUAACAGUGUGUUCCUUUUCAACAUUUAAAACACAUUAAGUAACGGCCGGUUUCAUAAUAUAUUUGAAGUAAGCUUUAAAUUCAAAGUUUCCAUUAAGUCGCGCGUUUCAUAAUUGACAUUUAGCGUAAAUGUUAUUUAUUUGAACUUUGAAGUAAAGUUAGAAAUGUAGCCCUUUAGCAUAUAAAGUCUCCUUUAGCGGCAAACGUCAAAAGCAAACAUGUGCUAUGUUUGAAGUCUAAGCUGACUCAGGUGUCUUUAUAAUAAGUUAGGUUUAUGACACUAGAUAUCGUGCUACAUCAAGUUCAAGCCUAUGCAAAGACGAAAAAUAUAUUGACAUAGAUAGAAACGUACAACCUGCAUCUGAGUCUCAGCUUUGGAUUCAUAACAUUGUAGAUCGUUGGCCAGGCUUCGUUCACGACUGGACAAUAUUCAAUAGCAGUGCUUUUAGAAAGCAGUUUGAGAAUGGACAUUUUGGAAGACAUCUUUUAGAGGGUGACAGCGGAUAUCGCAUUCAGAGAUACCUCAUGACAAAAUGGAAAACAUGAAUACAAACGCUUAAAAUUUAUACAAAUAAAAAGAAAUGUUAGCAACAAAAUAACCCUCAUUUCUACCUUUAAUUUUGGUUCUUUUUCUAAUUACACGUAUUGGAAAAGAAUACAUAGAAUAUUGUCAACCUCCUUUCAACGCCUUAAAGGAGCCUUUACUUGAUAAACUCUUACAAAUCGAUUAUGGGCCUACUUCACUUCAACAACUAAGUUAAAGACCCUUUAAUCUAAAGGAACCUUUAGUUAAAGUGCCAGUUAGGGUGGGAUUAUGAAGCCGUUCUUAAGUCAUUAUGUAGGAUAGUUAUUUUAUCGUCCUCAAAAUAUGAAAUUGAAAAUAAGUUUUUUUGUUCCUCUGCUAAUCAACCAAUAAUAUUGCAGUCUUAUCUUUAUUAUUGAUUUUUAUUUGAACCAAAAGUACUACACUUCAUUUGUUUUUUUUAACAAUAUUUAUUGUAACUGUGGGAAUCUACAUUGCUGUAGAAUUAUAUUUGACUAUGCAUUCCAUUCUAAUUAGGAAUCAUUAAUCAAAACGUGAUUUUUGUUUUUUCUUCAAUGUUUGUAGACAUAAACCUAUCAGUGACUUCUAUCCGAUAGAUUUAAUAUUAAAUCUAAUAUUUAUUCAAAUGGUAACUUGAAUCAUUUUAUAACAAAUUGGUAAUACUGAAUUCAAUUUGUUUAUUGUAAAAUACUGAGGUGUUACUCAAAUAACCAUAGUUUUUACUUAUUUUAACAUAUAAAAAGGGAUACAGAAAUUAAGUAAAAACAACAGAGAAAAUAUACUAUAAAAAUACUUAAGAACCUGACAGUUGCAAGCUGGAAAGACAGAUUAAUCGAAGAAAAUAGGACUCACAAGGAAUGGUGUCCAAUUUUAAAAUAUAGCCAGUGAUCAAAGAAGAAGACAAAAUUGUCAGUAUAAUGAGAGCAAUAUGAGUAACUGAUAGAAAAGAAUGAAGAAACUUUACAAACAUAAUAAAAGUAGCCAAUUGGUAAUAAUAUUUAAAAAAAAAUGAUUAUAAUUAGAUCAAUCUCUAAUAUUUGUUAUUAUUAAUAUGUAACAAUUAUAAAAUGAUAAAAAUAUAUGGAAAUUACUGUAUAAAGGGCAGAAAUGAAAUUUUUUUUAGGUUUCUUGUUAAGAAAAUAUUUUAUUUUCACGACCGAAUUUUUUAAAAAGCAGGUUUACACAAAAGAUUUUUAUUAUUAAAAAAUUGUAGAUUGAAUUUAAAUUAUUUUAUUUAUGACAGGAUGAAUUUAUUAUUUUAUCUAGUACAUUUUAUAAUUAUAGUAUAAGUUUUUUUAAUUUUAAGUAAAAAAUAAAUGACCCUUACAGUGUUAAAAAUGCUUUCUAGAGAAACUUUAUCAGUAAUAAUGUACAACUGUGAUUUUCUGUGAAAAUAUUUUUAGGUUUAAAUUAAUUUAUUGGAUGAAUUUGAAGAAUGAAUAUUGGGUGUAUUGACUAUGUAUCAUGUAUUAUUGUACCUGUGGGUGUAUCAUAUUAGAUAUUGUGUUGCUGUUAUUUGUAUAUAAAGAGUGAAAUUAGCAAAUCUGUACUUAAGACACUUUCUACAUUUUCAGUUGUUAAUUCCGAAAAAUAUACUUUGUUUCAAAUUAACUGUAGUGUAAAGUUGAAAAAAAUAUUAUUGUAGACAGUAAACCAUCUUACAUAAAUGGACUAUUCUGUAAUAUACCAAUCCAUUAAAAAAUUAUAUCAA